AUAGAUUUUCACGUGUCAUGGAUUUUCGACAUCAUUCUAAAGGCCAUCUCGUUAAGCGUUAUAAACAUUACUUUGAAUGACCUUUACAUUAACACAUAGACCGGCUCUGUGGCAGGUGAUAACGGGGAUCGCACACAGAAACUAUGGUUACAGGUUCACAAUGGAGUAGGUGUAGAAGAAGGGUUGUUUACAUGUGUUGUCUGCCCUGUAGCGGGAGAUCGGAGGAAACCCUGUGGGUGGCCACAGAAUCACCAACAUGGUGUCCGAGUGGAUAGCAUGCCUCGACAAAAGACCCUGUGACCGCAGCAGAGAAGAUUUGGAUAUCAUUUACUCUCGACUAAAAAAUGUGAAAGCCUUCGAUAAAUUCCACCCUUCUCUUCUCCAGCAGAUCUGUUACUAUGGUUACUACGAGGACUUGGAGAAAGGGAUAACACUGUUCAGACAAGGAGAUGUUGGUACCAACUGGUAUACAGUUCUCUCUGGAUGUUUGGAGGUACAAGUGUCGGAGACAGCCAAUAUCAAGGAUGCUGUGGUGAUAUGUACACUUGGCAUGGGGACAUCGUUUGGCGAGUCCAUACUUCACAGUAAACCUCACCAAGCCACAGUCAUGACAAGGGAGUUCACGGAACUCAUUCGUGUUGAACAACGAGACUUCAAAAUACUCUGGGAGAGGAACAAGAAACUACUGGAAAGUGUUCUAACAUCACUAGGAUCUCUAACUGCACAAGGUGGUACCCAGUCUCGGUUUGACCAGACAUCAAAGUUAAGACGAGGCAGUCAGUCCCACACCACUGUGGAGGAUAUCCCACCAAACCCUGCUGCACCCAUCUCCAUGAUCCCAUCAGUGAAGCUGUCUCGGGCUGGCCAUGUAUUACGUACAAUACUUAUGUGUCGAGCUGCCCACAUGAUUAGAGACAGGAAGUACCAUUUACGAACCUACCGCAGAUGCAUGGUGGGAAGUGAGAUGGUUGAUUGGUUGUUACAGCAGGGUCCACUGGUCCACUCACGGAAUCAGGCAGUCGGGAUGUGGCAAGCGCUUCUGGAGGAUGGCAUUAUUGUACAUGUCUGCCAUGAACACCAGUUUAAGGAUAGGUACCUGUUUUAUCGGUUCCGCCAGGAUGACCAAGGGGUUGGCACUACGCCAAGUCACGCUGACAGGAAAGAGUGUGAUGAAGAGCUUCAGGACACACUCCUGUCCCUGGCUCAGAUCGGUCCUGAUGCCAUGAUGAGGAUGAUUCUCCGUAAAUCACCACAUGAUCGUACGACCGAGGAUCUGGAGAUUAUUUAUGAAGAGCUCCUGCAUAUAAAAGCCUUAUCUCACCUGUCUACAAUGGUCAAGAGGGAACUUGCCAGUGUACUGAUCUUUGAAUCCCACACAAAGUCGGGCACAGCAUUGUUCAAUCAAGGAGAUGAAGGCAAAUCCUGGUACAUUAUACUGAAGGGAUCGGUGAAUGUUGUAAUAUAUGGAAGAGGUGUUGUCUGCACUCUACAUGAGGGAGAUGACUUCGGUAAACUGGCUUUACUCAAUGAUGCUCCAAGAGCGGCCACCAUCGUUCUCCGUGAAGACAACUGUCACUUCCUGCGGGUGGAUAAAGAUGACUUCAACAGAAUUCUUCGGGAUGUGGAGGCAAACACUGUACGCCUAAAGGAACAUGGCAAGGAUGUGUUGGUGCUGGAGAAGAUCCCCAUGCACAGUCAGGGACCUGAUGGUACUACACAGACUCAGUACAGAUAUUCUGUGAUGGCAGGAACCCCAGAAAAGAUGUUGGAACACCUACUAGAAACCAGUCUGGAGAGUAAAACUGAAGAGGCUACAGAUAACUUCCUGGAGGUGUUCCUUCUUACACAUGUGAUAUUUAUGCCGAGUGACCAACUGUGUCCAUCUCUUCUGGCCCACUACCAUGCCAAGGUCAACCAGAAGUCGGAGGAAGAGGACUUGGUUGAUUAUGCCGUCACACAACGCAAGUGUGUUGUCCAGUUUGUUCAGGAAUGGUUCUAUAUUGCCCCCGAGAGCUUCAAGGAGGACCCUGCCAUCAGGGAUUUCUUAUAUAAAUUAUUUGAAUCUCUGAAAGCUGAUUCUGUAGAAUAUCCGUCCCUUUCACAAGAACUUGCAUCUCUUGAAGACAUCAUGAAAUGUGACAAAGGUCAGAUACAUGUAGAGAAGUCCUGUAAACGAAGAAUUUCACCAAGUGUCAUUCUCACACGCAGAUUCUCCAAAGAGAACAUGAUCGAGACAUUGACAAGACGACGACCAAUCAAAGGGGAUGAUGAAAAUGUGUUUAAGGUGUACUGUGCUGACCAUACAUACACAACACUGCGACUACCAAUGUGCAGUACUGUUGAGGACAUCAUCUUACAAGCCCACGAUAAGCUGUGCCUUGGAAAUGACCUUGUCCUUUGUGAGGUCAAAUCUACGGGAGAACGUCUCAUACUGAAAGACAACGACCUGUGUAUCACCACGUCUCUGAGUGUUAACGGACAGCUGUUCAUUGCACCCCGGGAACACAUUGAUGCACUUACACCAUUACCAGAGCAGGAUGGACCAGCAACAGGCACUAUGGCCAUAUUUGAGAUGAUGAGUACCAAAGAAGUGGCCUACUGUAUGACCCUGUAUGACUGGGAACUGCUGGUCUAUGUAGACGAGUACGAGCUUAUCUAUCAAGUGUUUGGUCGCCACACUUUCAACAAGGUUACCUCAAAUCUGGACAUGUUGCUUCGUCGGUUUAAUGAAGUACAGUUCUGGGUGAUCACAGAAAUGGUACUAGCACAGAACGUCAGUAAGCGGGUACAGCUGUUGAGGAAGUUCAUCAAGCUGGCAUCUCACUGUAAGGAGUACCAAAACCUGAACUCAUUCUUUGCGAUUGUCAUGGGGCUGAGUAACAUCGCUGUGAGCAGGUUGUCACAGACAUGGGAGAAGCUGCCGAGCAAAUUUAAGAAGAUGUUUGCCGAGUUUGAGACGCUGAUGGACCCAUCCCGAAAUCACCAUGUAUACCGACUGAUUGUGGCAAAGCUGGCUGCUCCCAUCAUUCCCUUCAUGCCUCUCCUCAUGAAAGACUUAACAUUUACCCAUGAAGGAAACAAAACAUAUUUUGAUGGAUUGGUGAACUUUGAAAAAAUGCAUAUGAUCGCCCAGACUAUGAGAACAGUACGAUUUUGUAAAAGCCAGCAAUUAGAUUUGGAAGCUCCGACCUCAUUAAAGUGUUCCUCCGAAGUCAUUGAGUACAUCAGGAAUCUUCAUGUGAUUGAUAAUCAGAGAUUGUUGACACAGUUUUCUUACAAGUUGGAACCACGUAGAACUUGACAGCUUCUGAGGGGAUGAAAUGAUGGACGAUAUCCUGACCAUAAGGUGGUCACUGCUGGUCAUUCCUUCGGACAUUGUGUCCUGUAACAGGAAUAGCUGUUCACUGAGCUAGAGAGUGUAGCUUGUCUUCUGUCUGACAUUGACCUUGGUUGUUCAAGUACAAGGUCAAAUGAUGAUACCAGGAGAGUUUGCUGACCUCUGUGUGACAUAUAGGUGUUGUUCAGGUUGCUGUCAGGCCAGACUCUGCGGAGACUGGCUAAGCCUCUGAAAUGAAGUGGUUUUGAUUAUAAUUUUAUAAAUGUGCUCAAUGGAAUACUAUGACCAAGUCGUUGUAGCGAAGGUUCCAGGCCUCUGCAAGCACAAAUUUGUCUGGAGUAUACAAUGCAAGAGGACAUAAAGAUAAAUGAGACUCCCAAAUAGGCUGUAACAAUUUCAGAUCUAUUUAAAUGUCUUGUUUUUAAUGAGCUGGCUCCGUAAGGGGAGGAUACUCGGAGAUUUCUAUUAAUUGAAUUUUAGAAGUUUCUCCAUGUUACUUUAAUGUGUGAUAUUACAGGAAACAACAGAUAAUUGUGGAAUAUUAUAGGAAACGACAGAUACUUGUGUGUGAUAUUACGAGAAACAACAGAAGAACAGAUACUUGUGAGUGCGAUAUUACAGGAAACAACAGAUACUUGUGUGUGUGUGUGUGUGUGUGUGUGUGUGUGUGUGUGUGAUAUUACAGGAAACAACAGAUACUUGUGUGUGUGUGUGUGUGUGUGAUAUUACAGGAAACAACAGAUACUUGUGUGUGUGAUAUUACAGGAAACAACAGAUACUUGUGUGUGUGUUAUUACAGGAAACAACAGAUACUUGUGUGUGUGAUAUUACAAGAAACAACAGAUACUUGUGUGUGUGAUAUUACAGGAAACAGCAGAUACUUGUGUGUGUGAUAUUACAAGAAACAACAGAUACUUGUGUGUGUGAUAUUACAGGAAACAACAGAUACUUGUGUGUGUGAUAUUACAGGAAACAGCAGAUACUUGUGUGUGUGAUAUUACAAGAAACAACAGAUACUUAUGUGUGUGUUAUUACAGGAAACAACAGAUACUUGUGUGUGAUAUUACAGGAAACAACAGAUACUUGUGUGUGUGAUAUUACAGGAAACAACAGAUACUUGUGUGUGUGAUAUUACAGGAAACAACAGAUACUUGUGUGUGUGUGUUAUUACAGGAAACAACAGAUACUUGUGUGUGUGAUAUUACAAGAAACAACAGAUACUUGUGUGUGUGAUAUUACAGGAAACAACAGAUACUUGUGUGUGUGAUAUUACAGGAAACAGCAGAUACUUGUGUGUGUGAUAUUACAGGAAACAACAGAUACUUGUGUGUGUGAUAUUACAGGAAACAACAGAUACUUGUGUGUGUGAUAUUACAGGAAACAACAGAUACUUGUGUGUGUGAUAUUACAGGAAACAACAGAUACUUGACAGUGUGUGAUAUUACAGGAAACAACGGAUACUUGUGUGUGUGUGAUAUUACAGGAAACAACAGAUACUUGUGUGUGAUAUUACAGGAAACAACAGAUACUUGUGUGUGUGAUAUUACAGGAAACAACAGAUACUUGUGUGUGUGAUAUUACAGGAAACAACAGAAGAACAGAGAACUAGUUUCAGAGCAAGUCAACACAUCAAUGUUGUAUGUUAAUGACUAGUUUGGUUGGUACACAGGUACUGUAUAUAUAUAAUAUUCAUACAAUGUUUUAAAAUAAAUUUGAACUAAUUGAAAAAUAUUUUACGAACACCUUUUAGUUAGAAGAGGUCCAUUCUCAGGACCGCCAUGGGCUGUCAAGUUAAUCACAAUAACCAUUUCAAAGGGAAGUAACUCUGGCACACCAGAAUGCUCUGCACCAAAUAUCACUGUCCCUGAAUGAUACCACAGCUAUAAUCCUAAACAUACUAUUUAUAGUGAAGGGAUCAUAACAUAAAAAUGUUCACCUUGAUUUAUGCCUUUGAGAAACACACUAUUUUGUUCUGAUCCCUGUCAGGUAAUAAGUAUGAUAUCUAGUUAUCCAUAGCUCAGAAAAGUUUGUUGUUACAUUUCUCACUGAACAUUACAAAUUAAGAAUUUUAAAUCUAGAAAGAAAAAGGAAACUGUUAAAUAUUUCUCCUAGAAUUAUUUAUGGCAGUUUGAUUGUCAUUCAAGUCAGUAAUUGUAUUGGUUUUCUGUAUAUCUACAUACUAAAAUAUAUAUACAAAUAUAUGUUGUUAAUUGACUGUUGCGGAGUAAUAUGUUGUAUUUGAGUUAUGUAUCUUUGAUUGAUACAGUGUACCUAUAUAUUUAGUCUGUCUUUGUGAUAUUUUACUUUCGUGGUAAUACAUUUUAUUAUUUGUGUAUUGUUUUUAAAUUAGUUUUGUUUUACAAUUAGUUUCAUAUUUUAUUAGCAGUUUGAUUAUUUUAAUCUUAUUUUGUGUCUUAUUUGAUAAUAAUGAUAUUUCGUUUUAAUCAAAACUAUUUAAUCAACCAGCGAAGUAAGUAAUGUAUGCUAGCUGAAGUAACAGGAUCACUUAUUUUAUAAUGAGAUUGAACAUAAAGGACAUAAAGUGCCAAUCUGAUUAAAAUACAGAUCAUCACCUUCUACUAUCGUAAUGAUGAUAGUAUGAAGGUGAUGAUCUGUAUUUUAAUCAGAUUGAUAAAGUACAAAAUAAAAAUAUUACCAUCUGAACAGUAAAGGGUUUUCCUGUUAAUCUACUUUCUGUGUAUCUUAUUACUUUUUCUCCUCGUUGCUGAAACAUCCACACAAAUGUUUACUUAUUGUCAAAUUAAUUGUUACAUAGGGAUCAGGUGUGAGUGUCCAUUCUAUCUCCGCAUUCUGUAGACAUAACAUUAAAUAUUUUUGUAGAAGCUUGCCACAAGAAUGAUCAUAUUUGGUUUGAAGGUUCAUUGGGGCUUCGCCGUAUGUUAAAUUUUACCAAAAUUGGAAUUUUAAUUUUGAAGAUAUUUUUUCUCCUUUUUCAUUUUUUUUUCAUUUUUUUAUACAUGGUAGUAUUCAACAUUUUGGUGCAGACUUGUAGAGUCUUUUCUGUCAGGAAAUAUAACAUUUUAUGGGAUAUAUAAGUGAUGUUCUAGUACAAUACUGGUUUCAAUGGUAACAAAAUAGAAUUUAGAUUUUUAUAUUGGAGCAUGGGAUGAUACAGUCAUACAACUCGAGCUUCAUCAGUUACAUUAGUUUCCUGGUAGAUCUUUGACUAUUGUGUUAUAUCUGAUUGUAGUUAAUUAGUUUUGUAGAUGGUAGUGAUGUCUCCCCUUCGAAUGGAUGGUACGUGACUUAUUGUAUUAGUAAUGGAUCUUCUUUCUUUUGGUUCUCCUUCGGGUUCUUAUUUUUCUAAUAAUUUCUGGGCCAUACAACUUCUGAACCGUAGAAGAUAUGUUAAUGAAACUUGAGGAUACCUACAUCACUUAAAGCAAAUGUGCAGUGCACUGCCGUAAGGUCACUGUGACUUUGACCUCAAGGUCAAAUAAGUGCAAAAUUUUCAUCAAUUUCUUGUCAUGGUCAUAACUUCUUAACUGUGGAAGACAUGUUAAUUAAACUUGGAGGAUACUUGCAUCACCUAAAGCCGAUGUGCAAUGCACUGUAGUAACAUCACUGUGACCUUUACAUCAAAGGUCAAAUAAGUCCAAUUUUUACAGUAAUUUAUGUUUGGGCUUUAAGUUCAAAGGUUUAUUGAGUGCAAAAACAAAAAACAAAAAAACAAUGGCUAGUAAGGGAGAAGGGGAAGUUAUGUUUAUUUUGUCUAUAUAUGAUUUCUGUAUGAUAGUACUCUGGCUUUAAUGUUAUCACACAGCACUGUAAUAACAGGAAGCCUGUCUGAUCAAUCAACUCAUUUUUAUAUUGAAAUUUAUUAUUGAAUCUAUUUGGACUUCAAAUAUUUAAAAAAAAACAAAAAAAAAACAGUAGACACAAGACAUGGUAAAAGAUAGAUCUUGGUUUUAGCUAAGUCAUGUACUGGUUUAUUUUCUCUUGAAGGAAAUAACAGUGUUUUAUCUUUGUUAAUUUUUUCCUUUAAUCUAUCAUUUGUUCAUUUUUGUCUUAAUUCAUCAUUUGUUCAUUUCUUCCCUUAUUCUAUCAUUAAGUUGACAAAACAUAAAGGUCAGCACGGAUUUCUGUUAAGUUUUUUAUCGAUUGAAAUGCCUUUUUGGUGACACAAACUAUUCUCUACAAAAGGGUUUCAUAUGGAUAUCAGCUGUUUUGAUGAUGCGAAAGGAGCUGUCAUACUAGCAAAGUAUCAGGAGUUUGACUACUAGACAUUGUAAAGAACAUUUUCAUUGUAAAUUGCGGACCAGUCUAAGGAUUAUUGUAUUUAAAUUUAAUUAUAUAGACUUCAAAGUUACUGUUACAUCGAAAUCAUUGUAAAUGAGUCUAAUGACAUAUCACUGUACUGUUUGUUGAUGACAGUUUUGUUGUUGGAGCGAUUUUUGAAAUAAAUGUCGCAAUGUUUAAUAUGUA